AUGACUCUAUCUUCAUCUUAUCCUUCCUUGAGACUAACAUACAAUAUAGGAACAGCGGGCCUUGGCAAAUCCACAAUCACCGCCCUCCUCCGCCAUAACCCCGCCCAUAUCUACUUCUCUGGCCGGUCCCAAUCCUCCGCAGAUGCACUGAUCUCCUCUCUUCCCGCCUCUAUGCCCUCUCCGCCGCCCCUGACCUUUGUCAAGAUGGACCUCUCCUCUCUCUCCACGAUCCCUGCCGCAAUUGCUAAACACUUCAACCACACCCGCCUUGACAUACUCAUCAACAAUGCCGGCAUCAUGGCCACCGGGCCUUCCCUCUCUGCCGAUGGCUUCGAGAUACAGUUCGCUACAAACCACCUGGGCCAUGCCAUGCUCGUCCGCACCCUCAUGCCGGUCCUCGAGCGUACAGCAGCCUCCGGUGCCGAUGUCCGCAUCAUUAACCUCACUUCCGUGGGGUACCAGGGCCAUCCCCGCGACGGCAUCUCCUUCGCCGCGCUUCGUACUACGCAGGCUGGACCGCCUAUGCUGGGAGAGUGGAUCCGAUACGGCCAAAGCAAACUCGCAAACAUCCUGUUCACCCGCGAACUUGCCCGCCGCCACCCCUCCAUAACCUGCGUCGCGGUACAUCCGGGCGUCGUUGACACUGGCCUCGUAACGAACCAGAAUCUUAAGAAUCGCAUCCUUGUCUAUCUGCCUAACAAGCUCAUGGGCGCUACAGUGCUCACCCCGCAACAGGGCUCCUGGAACCAGGUCUGGGCCGCGGCCGCGGCGCGGAAGGCGGACCUCGUCAAUGGCGGAUUCUACAUGCCCGUCGGACACCUGGCUAACGACAAACUUGAUUCCUGCGCGACAAACGAGAAGUUGGCGGGGGAGCUGUGGCGGUGGACUGAAGAUGUGUUGGCUGGGUUUGACUGA